CAGUUUUCGAAAUACUCCUCUUAGCUUCAUUUCGAAAGCACUAAAUACAUCAUCUAUCAGAGAUAUAUACCAACAGACAGGCGAUUCAGAUAGUGUAUUCAAAACCCUAGGAUCGCGCUGAGCCCGUGAACGGAAAAAGGAAGGAAUCAUGAUGCUGAGAACACCACCAUUGAAGCGAAGGGCGCAGAGCAAGCAACCUGAAGAUGGCAGUCCGAACUCCGGCAAUCGGCAGCUCAUCAUCUACGAGGAUACGCCGUUACCGGAGUCUUCUCACGAUCAUCCUGAAACUUCAGACCAAAUGCUCUGCACUUACCAAUGCCGCCAAAUGGUGAAAUCAGAGUUUUUUGAUGCCUUAAGCAGUGCAGAAAAGCAAGCUCGUGAUUCCCAAUCCAAACUUGAAACACUAAACAAUGAUUAUCUUAAAGCCGAUGCUGAAAGGAAGAAAUUUCGGGAUCAAUUCCUCAAUUCAGAGCAAGAACUAGCUGCUGCUAGAGGGCGUGAAGAGGCUCUGCAGGACCAGCUAUUGAAGGAGGUCAACGCUUCUCAAGAACGGCUCAGAAAACAGUUGCAGCUGUACAGUGAACUUGAGGGGAAGUUCCAACAUGAGGUGAAUCUUCGUAAAAAAGCUGAGACAUCAGCUGCUGCAUCAGAAGAGAAAGCAAGUCUUCUAGAGAGAAAGCUUAGUAGUGUGUCGGAAAGCAUAAAAAGAGAGAAAAGUCGCCUGCAGAAUGAUCUUGAGCAGCUGAAAAGUGAAUCCAAGUUUUCUGUCACAAAAAUAAGUAAAAAUCUUGAAAGAAUGGAAUUCAGAGCUGCCAAUGCUGAGAAAGAGUCAGUUCUGCUGAAGGAGCAGCUGGAAGAACUAAGGAAGAGGCUUGAUGAGUGCGUCCAGCAGAGAAUUGAAGCAGAGAAGAAACUGUCAAAUUUCACAUUUCAAGAAGGUUGUUCUAGUGACAACAUUUUGGUGAAGCAUUUGCAGGACGAACUUAGAAACUGUGAGGCUGAAGUACGUGAAGCAAGAAAGCUGAGGUCAUCUCAUGAAAACAUCGAGUUGUUGAAGGUAAAACUACUUGAGGAAAAGGGCCGAAGAGAUAGGGCAGAAUCAGAGCUGCUAAAAUUAGCAGAUCUUCAAGGAGAUAUGAAGAAGUUAGAGGAUGAACUAACUACUUGGAAAUCAAUGGUUAAAGACAUCCCUGGUGUAUCAUGUGCUGAUGAUGUGCCUCCCAAGUUUGCAGCUCUGCAGAGAGAAGUGCUUGAUAGCAUGACUAAGGUGGGUGAGGUCCAGGCCCGACUUAAACAAAUGGAGGUGGCACUGGACACUGCUGAGCUCGAGAAAAGGAAAGCAGAGAGUGAGGCUGCAGUUGCAAAGGAGAGCGCAGACUCUUCAAAAUCAGAGAUCAAGAGGAUCGAGUUGAAGCUUGUUGCUGUUAUAGAGGAAAAGGAUCGUUUAAAAAAUGUCGUUGAGGACUUGAGGAAGCAAAAGAGUGUUGAAAGCGGGCAUGAAGUGGUCAGUGGAGCUAUUCUUCAGGGGCUUGAAGCAUCUCUUGCCAAGAAAGAAGACGCUAUAAAGGAAUUGGAGAGCAGUUUAUCUGAACAAAAAGAAGUGAAUAUUCGUCAGCUGAAUGAAAUAAAUUUGCUCAGUGAGAAACUAAAUAAUGAAGCUAGAAGAAUAAGAUCUUUGGAGAGGGAGGGUGACCGCUUACGUUCUGAGAUAGCUCUCUUGGAGUCCAAGUUAGGGCAUGGAGACUAUUCUUCUGCCAAUACUAAAGUCUUGCGAAUGGUUAACACCCUGGGAGUUGAAAAUGAGGCAAAACAGACAAUAGAGGCUCUUCAAAACGAGUUGCAGAAGACAAAAGAGAAGUUACUGGCCAUUCAAGAGUUAAAAGAGCAGUCAGCUGACGCUGGUACACUGGUUGAUUCUUAUAUUUCUGGAAAGAUUAUGCAGUUGAAAGAGCAAAUUGCAACAUUAGAAAAGCGCGAGGAGAGGUACAAGACAGUUUUCGCAGAUAGGAUCUCUGUUUUCAGGAGGGCAUGCUGUGAACUCUUUGGGUAUAAGAUUGUGAUGGAUGAUCAUCAUCGUCCAGAUGGAAUACCAGUUACGCGGUUUAUGCUUCAAUCGAUCUAUGCUCAAAGUGAUAAUGAAAAGCUUGAAUUUGAAUAUGAGUCGGGGAACACAAACAUUUUGGCAAACACGUACACCUCUCAGCCAGAGAUAUCCCGACAGGUCGAUAUCUUCAUUCGGAAGAUGAAUUCAAUACCUGCUUUCACAGCUAAUUUGACUGUGGAAUCUUUCAACAAGAGAACAUUGUCUUGAAGUAACAUACAUACUGCAGUUUCUUCAUUCCCUUACUCUUGAUGGCAAUAGUAAUUCAGACUGCUGGUCUUUCGGAGUUUGUUGGAAUAUUUGGAUGUUGGUUCCAAUUUUCUGUAACUAAUUACAGCGUAAUCGGAAUAUGUGCAUAUCCGAUGCCGUUUUAUGCAAUUGAAAUAUUUCUAUCUAGGUAAAGGUACAAUAUGUCCCAAUUUGCCAGCUCUUCGAUUUGAGUCAUUCAGUUAAAAACGAUAACGUUGCAGAAGUGGUGGAUAAUUCAUUUAUGCUAUGAUUUUGAUUUUUGUUUU